CAGCCAAGACUUGCAGCUUUUACUAUAUACCAAAAGGAAACAGAGAUGAACAAAGAAGGAGGCGGCGCCGGCCGCGGAGACGUGGUUGAAACAGCGGUUAAGAGUCUUGGCAAAGGGUUCGAUUUAACUGCGGACUUCCGGUUAAAAUACUGCAAAGACGGCGACGUUGACGCCGGAGAUGACAGAUUAGUUGUCCUCGACGAAACUCAAAACAGAGAACUGCACGUUCCUGGUUUCGGAGCUGUUCAAAAUGUCUCCUCCGAUAUAAACUGCGACAAAGGAGAACGUACUCGAUUCCGUUCCGACAUUCUUGAUUUCAACAAGAUGUCGGAGUAUUUUAACCAGAGGUCGUCGGUGACCGGGAAAAUACCGUCGGGAAACUUCAACUCGACGUUUGGGUUUCAAAGCGGGUCAUGGGCAAUAGACGCCGCAAACGUGAAAUCUUUAGGUCUUGACGCUUCUGUCGUAACGUUAUUUAAUCUCCAUAUACACAAUCCCAAUCGUCUGCGUCUCACUGAUCGCGUUCGAAACGCUGUUCCGUCUUCAUGGGAUCCACAAUUAUUGGCCAGGUUUAUAGAGAGGUAUGGGACACACGUAAUAACUGGGGUGAGCGUAGGAGGACAAGACGUGGUGGUUGUGAGACAAGACAAGUCUUCCGAUCUCGACACUGACCUCCUCCGCCAUCAUCUCUACGAUCUCGGCGACCAGUUGUUCACUGGCUCUUGCCUUCUAUCUGCUCGCCGGCUCAAGAAGGCCUAUCACCACUCACACUCUCAGCCCAAGUUUCCGGAGGCAUUCAACGUCUUUGAUGACAAACAAACCGUAGCUUUCAACAAUUUUUCGAUAAACUCCCAAAAUGGAAUAACGGUUAUAUGCGCUAAAAGAGGAGGAGACGGAAGAGCAAAGAGCCAUAGCGAAUGGCUAAUAACAGUACCGGAUAAGCCCGACGCGAUCAAUUUCAACUUUAUUCCAAUUACAUCACUCCUUAAAGACGUCCCUGGCUCUGGUCUUCUCUCUCAUGCCAUGUCUCUCUAUCUUAGAUACAAGCCGCCGCUAAUGGACCUACAGUAUUUCUUGGACUUCUCUGGACCAAGAACGUGGGCUCCGGUUCACAACGACCUUCCGUUUGGUGCGGCGCCAAAUAUGGCUUCGGCGUAUCCAGCUCUUCACCUCAACUUCAUGGGUCCCAAACUAUACGUUAAUACCACUCCCGUGACUAGCGAGAAGAAUCCAGUAACCGGAAUGCGAUUGUUCCUCGAAGGCAAGAAAUGCAAUAGGCUAGCUAUACAUCUACAACACCUAGAGAAUACAAGAACUACGGUUGGGGAAAAGAUCACCGACGAACAUAUAUGGAGAGGCUCCGAUCAAAUUACCGACAAUGAUCGCUACUUCGAAUCACUAAACGGUAGGAAAUUCUCACAUGUGUGUACGGCUCCGGUGAAGUACGACCCUAAAUGGAUCACAACAACACGCACUCACAAGUCCCAAAAUGACGUGGCUUUCAUCGUCACCGGAGCACAACUCGAAGUGAAGAAACACGGCUCAAAAUCCGUUCUCCAUCUCGGUCUCCGUUUCACCAAAGUCUCCGAGCACCACGUAGUUCAGAGUAAUUGGGUUCAUGGACCAACUGGGACUUCUCAGAAAUCGGGACUCUUUUCUUCUAUGAGCUUGCCCUUGACUAGUGGGAGUGUUCAUCAUAAUAUGGCCAAUAAAGACAAAAACGAAGUCAUUUUGGAUUCAGGUGUCUUCCCUGGAGGACCUCCCGUGCCGGCGAAUAACAAGAUUGUGAAAUUUGUUGACCUCUCGCAGUUAUGUCGAGGACCUCAACAUAGUCCUGGUCAUUGGUUGGUCACUGGAGUGAGGCUUUACUUGGACAAGGGAAAACUUUGCUUACACGUCAAAUUUGCUCUGCUACAUCGCCAACGUCUCCUUGCUUCUUCUUGAAGCAAAAACAACAUUAAUUUUUGGAUACGAUUAUUCUCUUUUUUUCCCUCCAAAAUUGCGACAUUGAUUUCUUGAUUUUGGAGUGUGUAUAUAUAGAGGCUGUGGAGUGAGUUUUGUUUGAUGGGACUGGCUCAUUCAGAGACAUUGUUUAUGUACAUACACAUAUAUGUUGAGAGGUUGAAAAAUAUAAACUAUUAGUUAUCACUA